AGAUUCAUAUUUAGUAUGUGGAUCAUACAGUCAGCUGUCAGAACAGAUGUUUUCAUUUGUUUGCAGUAUUACAGCUGGUGGAGUAGCUACACAGAAGCCAUCAACUACCUGAUGACCGUUCCCAAAUAUCGCAUCCAAGCCGCCGAACUGGCCAAGCAGCAAGGGCUCCUGAACCGAACCAAAGAGAAGGGGAAGAACCGGCGAUCCAAAGAGGAGAUCCGCGAGGAAGAGGAGCAGAUUAUCCGCGACAUCAUCAAGAACAAGAUCGACAUCAAAGGUGGCUAUCAGAAGCCCAACGUCUCCGACAUCCUGCUGUGCAAGAUCAUUCUGUUCCCGUACCAUCUGUGCACCUUCGUGGCGUGGCACUGCUCCUGGUUCUACCGCUUCUCCAUCCGUGGGGAGGAGUACGGGCACGAGGAGAGACUGUACAUCAUCCGCAAGAACAUGAAGAUGUCGCAGGCUCAGUUUGACAGUCUGGACAGCGGCCUGAUAGAGACUUUCCUGAAGCAGCAGCUCUGGAUCAAAGACAACUAUGAGGCCUACCGAGAGGAGCAGGAGGAGGAGAUGAAGAUGAAGAUGGCCACGGACUCGCGAUGGAAACGCUACAGGCGCUGGAUGAGGAGCGAGGGUCCCGGACGUAUCACUUUUGCAGAUGAUUGACCACACACACACACACACACAGUGUGUGUAAAAACACUCGUUUACAAUGGACUGGCGAUGUGCACCUGAUUUAUAAGGAUGCCUUUUCUCAGAUGAUAUAAGACUGUAAAGGCGAUUUGAUUGUACCUAUGGAGGGUCAUGUGACGUCUCCAUGUGCAUAAGAGGAUCAUUUGAGACCGUUUUUUUGAAAAAUAACCGUCUUAAAACAUCAUGUUGUUGUUAAACCCGGACGAAUUUAAUCACAGGCUAGAGAAACGGUUUGUAAAAUGCCACAUUUCAUUCACUGAAAGACUGCGUCUGUUCUUUCUUCUACAUGUCUGCUAUAAAUGUUGCGUCUAAUCCUAUGCUGUAUCUCCAAGCCUUUUAUUUGCAUAUAUAAGGUCAUAUCUAAUUGUUCCGUUACAUGGUACUUUAAUAAAGUUUUAUAUUAGAAUAUUA